AAAAAUUCCUCACACAUGUCUGUCUCCCUUGCCCCCCCCCCUCCCACUCUGCCAUCUCUCUCUCUCUCUCCCUAUCUUUCCUUAUCUCUCUCCCUCCCCCGUAUCUUGGUUUCUCUGUCUCUCAGGGAAUGGCUGUACCUCCUUUGCCACGAAAUGCUAAAUCCGUACUACGGGCUGUUUCAGUAUUCGACAGACAACAUCUACACCCUGCAGAUCAAUCCCGACUCGUCCAUCAACCCCGACCACUUGUCUUACUUCCAUUUUGUGGGGCGGAUCAUGGGCCUGGCCGUGUUCCACGGUCACUACAUAAACGGCGGCUUCACGCUGCCCUUCUACAAGCAGCUGCUGGGGAAGCCCAUUCAGCUAGGCGACCUGGACCUGGUGGACCCCGAGCUGCACAAGAGCCUCGUCUGGAUCCUGGAGAAUGACAUCACGUCGGUUCUGGACCACACAUUCUGCGUAGAGCACAACGCCUUUGGCAAGUUCCUCCAGCACGAACUCAAGCCCAACGGCAGGAACAUCCCUGUCACCGAGGACAGCAAGAAAGAAUACGUGCGGCUCUAUGUAAACUGGCGGUUCAUGAGGGGCAUUGAGGCCCAGUUCCUGGCUUUGCAGAAAGGGUUCAAUGAGCUCAUCCCUCAGCAUCUACUCAAGCCAUUCGACCACAAGGAGCUGGAGCUGAUCAUCGGUGGUCUGGGGAAGAUCGACCUUAGCGACUGGAAGGCGAACACGCGGCUGAAGCACUGCGUCGCCGACAGCAACAUCGUCAAGUGGUUCUGGCAGGCGGUGGAGUCCUUCGACGAGGAGCGGAGGGGCAGACUCCUCCAGUUUGUCACCGGCUCCACGCGUGUUCCGCUGCAAGGCUUCAAAGCACUGCAAGGCUCUACAGGUUCUGCAGGCCCAAGACUUUUCACUAUCCACUUGAUUGAUGCCAAUACAGACAACUUGCCUAAAGCCCAUACAUGCUUCAACCGCAUCGACAUCCCGCCUUAUGAGUCAUAUGAGAAGCUCUAUGAGAAGCUCCUGACUGCAAUAGAAGAGACCUGUGGUUUUGCUGUGGAGUGAACCCCACCCCACCCCCACAACCCUACCCCCACCUCUCUGCACAGUGACCAGCGGUGACUAACCUACUUAACAGCCGCCUCCUUUAAGCACCCAAAACUCCCUUCUCCCUACACGCCACCCCACCCCAUCUCCGCCCCUAUGGCGGACAAGACUGGUGAUAGCCCCCCCCCCCCCCCCCCCACCCCCAGCCCGGGUGAGGAAGCCACUGGUCAGACAGCGCCACCUAUGGCCUACUAGGGAGGAAGCCACUACCAAGGGGCGCGGAACUCAACAGCCCCUCUGGGGCCCCGUUUUAGGAGUAUUUAUUUUGUUGUGUGAUUUUUGGGAGUUUAUUUUUUUUCCUUCCCACAUUUAACAUAACAUGUCUCACACCACACAGAAAAGAACAACAAAAUCCGAUCCAUGUUCUUUUAUUUUGUUUUUCUUUGUUUAGAAAAGGAAAAGAAAAAAAAAACAGAUGAAAAGCUUUUGAUGUCUUUGUCACUGAAGCGGUGGGUUUGGUAGUCUGAUUUUGAUUGUAAAUCGGUUGGCGAACUUGUGCUGCUUUUAGCUGCCAUAACCAGAUGCUCGCUGACCCCUUUGGUCCACAUGAAGUAGAGGUCAAGUUUUAGUCAGCAUUAGGGUAAGUGUUUUAACACCACAGCCUUGGACAACCAAACAAAUCUACCUAUUGCAGUUAUGUCUUGAAGGAGGAGGCCAAGGCCAGCUUUUUGUUUGUUUGUUUGUUUGUUUGUUUUUGAGUCCUCCUUGUGUAUCCUGUUGGCAACAGGAUGGCAUUUUUGUGUUAUCCAUCUACAAUACUGUAUUUUUUUUUAUUAUCAGUCAUUCUACCUUUAUGGCUUGUUACAGGAUUUUUUUUCCCCUUAAAAUGAUUGAUGACUUAAAAGCCCCUAAUAGUGGGUCUCGCUUUCUUCGGGACCGGUUGAUUUGACAGUUCCUGCUCCAGUGAACAUUGCCUACCAGGUGAAGCACAUCAUUGCAAGAAGAGGUGCCAGUCGGGUGAAAUCAGGAAGAAUAGGAAGACAGUUGGCAGCAUUACUCUACAGAGAGUCUGUCACUUCCUGAUUUAUCUCACCAUCUCUGAGAAAGAACUUCAGUAUUUCUUUUACACAGAGCAAUGAAUGCUCCAAGUCCGUUAAGCGAUACUCUUUUUUUAAUUUUUUUUCAUGUUUAACUCUACUUAAUCACAGAAGAUGUCUGUUGUGGUGCGCAACUAUCUGCCGUUUAGAUCACUGCUUUGUAUGAUGUCCGUUAACAUCACCAACCUCUUAACAGGCUCAAAUGGUCCUGAGUUCUAUUGUCAUGGCAUUGGAGGGAAUGGAAACACGCGUCAUCUUUAAGUGUCAUUAAUGUCAGUUGAAAAACACAUUUUAUUUUCAUUGAUUUCUGGAGCGAAUUCCUACGACGUUCAUGUUACUGCCAUGGUUGUCAAGCAUUUACUGUUGUGAAAUCUGGUUCACAGAAAAGUGUACUCAAUUGAAUAGGUUUUUUUUUUUAUUUAUGUGUAUCUGUGAAGAUCACGGAUCCACUGCGUGGUGAAUGAACAUAUACUUUCCAUAACUGCAUCUUAAACCACUGUCAGAAGUAACAUAAGCUUGCCUGUAGCACUUUCACCGGCACAUACAGUUUUUCCUUUUAUAUUCCUUUCUGCAAACAGGAAUUUAUCUUAGUUUCUGCUCACGUUGUAAAGAAAGGUCUAAAAUGUCAUCAUGUAGUGCUUGUCGUGCAUGGCACCAGGUUGUACUCCAUAAAUUUGAGUGACAGAAGAAGAAAAAAGAAUGAGCCAACUUUAAUAGUUUUAAGUGUUCUGCAACAACGCAACCACUUGACCUUUUUUUCUUUUUUCAACUAAUUAUUUAUUACUAUGUAAUGUCCUUGCUGCUAUUAUCAAUAUUCCCUACCUUUCAGAAAAGGCUGAUUACUUGUGAAAGCUGUACACUAAUCUACAUUGUUUUUUUUUUUAUGUAUGAAUCAAAAAGUAUUUAAAACGCUGCUGCUGAGUUAUAGUGAGGUCCGUAGGGUUAGAAGACCUUGGCCCCCAAGACCUGAAUCUGGAGCAGUGAUUUAGACUGGACCCCGGAGGUCUUUCUCAUGUUUAUGAUAAAUGCAAUAAAAGCAACACCGACACAAUUAUAUUACUGGUUCUUUCUUAACCUGUGUUUUUUUAUUUUACUUUAACUCUAUGAGAUUGAUCAGUUAUUUUCAGGUCAGGUAUAUGAAUUAUAAGGAUUGGGAAAUGGUCUCUGUCUUUUUACUGUCUGUUUCUUUUGAAGAUUUCAUCCCUUAAAUUUACAACUUUUAGAUGUCCAGUCUUUGAACCUUAAAACCAGACUAAAUAAAAAAAAUGAUAAAAUAAAAACAGGUGUUGUUAAAGCAAGGGUGAUGGUGAGUGUAGAGUGAACAUGGACUUGGCUUGCUGAUCACAACUCCAUUUCCUCUGAGGAAGCCCUCACCCAGUCAUGUGACCAUACUCAUUACAGUGUGUACAAUUAUUAGGUUAUUUGUUUAUUGAAUGCAAGAGCAAUGUAACUUACUAUGUACUAAACAUUUCUGAAAAAAACAUUAAAUGUAAAUAAGAUUAUAUUAAAGAAAACUAAAUUGAAAAUA